CCGGAGACCAGUAUCAUUCUGAGUUAUUAUUUUGGUGCACAAAGUCGAAGGAAUAUAUGCGAUACACGUAUCACACUCAAAUAACGAAUACUAAGCGAAAGUUGCUCUCUCGCCGACAAAUUAAUAAAAACAUCGACUAUAAAUACAAAACUCUCUUUUAGUUGAUGAAUCUUACCGAGACUAUCGUUGCUGGCGGCUGUAUGAGGUUUGAGGUUUCCCAGAGCACCAAAACUCGAAAAGCUAUAGGGCGAGACAAGAAGACAGGAAGCACGUGGAAGACAAGCCUGCCGAGACAAAGACGAUUUACCAAAAGACAGAUAACGGAGUUGUUCUUCGAGAAUUGCAUCGAUUGUGAAAAAAUGGCUGCUAUUCCGCAAAGUGCUUUUGCGGUGCGGAAAAUUCGUAAUACCGACCGCGCUGUUUCAAUGUCCGUGAAAGGGGAAAGAGGAAAGAACGAAGAGAAGAAGGAAAAUAUCUUCAACUCCCGGCCUCAUUUAGAAGGCUGGGAGCUGACGCCGCUCAAGUACAACAGCAAGCUGAUGAAUAGUAUCUGGGGUCUAUACAACCGUUACUCUGUUCAUAACUUCAAGAAGAACACCGAUGCCGAGAAGGGGGCCCGCGGCGGGGUAGCUACGGCGAUCUGGGAUGCGAUUUUGGAGAAUCGUCCCUCGGCCGCCAAUGCCGUUGCUACCACCAUCGCGGAUGGCCCCCAAAUUAUGAGGACCCGAAGUGGUCUCUAAACAUGAUGCGGCCAUUUGAAUGUGAAAAAUCGCUUAAAGAUAAUAAUUAACAACAAGUGAUCAUUAUGUAAUACAAUAAAAAAAUAAAUAAAUAAUGAGCAAAAUAUUA